GCUUCACUAUACAUGAAUAACACAGGCGGAAUCGGAUAGGAUUUUAUAAGUGAUCAGUGAAAGCAGCUGUGGUUUUUUAAGACCAUGGCCGCCUCUAGUGCUAGUUUAUACCUAUCUACCAGUGUUCCAUCAUCUUUAACUAUGAACCAAGGUGGACUCAUGAAUCAUGGAAUGCAAGUUCACGGAACGCAAGGACAAUAUUCUCCUCGAGACGUACAGGAGUUGAAAUAUAUACCACAACAACACCAGAAUGGACACCAUUUGAGUCACCACAACCCGUGGGUAGGGCUGUCACAUGAAGCCCAACAUUGGGGUGCAAGUAUGGGCCAAGGAAUGCAUGGACAGGACAUGAAACCGCAUGGUAACGUAUUGGACGGCACGGGAGGUACGUUACAUCAUCGGCCUAUUCAGCAAAUACAUCCAAGUCACUCAUGGCAUAACGCCGUAUCGUCACCUCACUUACCUAUAUCUAAUGGUAAUCACCAGCUUCAACAAUAUGGCUAUAUGAAUAUGAAUGGAAUGAUGUCACCCCAUGGCAUGCAUCCCUUGGAUCAACCUGAACCAGAUUUGGAACCGCAGCCACAGUCCGACGAAGACACCCCAACAUCCGACGAUUUAGAAGCCUUCGCUAAACAGUUCAAACAGAGGAGAAUAAAAUUGGGUUUCACCCAAGCAGAUGUGGGCCUGGCCCUAGGGACAUUAUACGGUAACGUUUUUAGUCAAACUACUAUCUGUCGUUUUGAAGCCCUACAAUUAAGUUUUAAAAAUAUGUGUAAGUUGAAGCCGUUGUUACAAAAGUGGUUAGAAGAAGCUGACAGUACGACCGGGUCGCCUACUAGUAUAGAUAAAAUAGCAGCGCAGGGUAGAAAACGUAAGAAGAGGACAAGUAUUGAAGUGACAGUGAAAGGGGCUUUAGAAACUCACUUUUUACAACAGCCGAAACCGGCCGCACCGGAAAUUACACAUCUCGCCGAUUCACUGCAGUUAGAGAAAGAAGUUGUGCGGGUAUGGUUUUGUAAUCGUCGUCAAAAAGAAAAGCGAAUGACCCCUCCAAUGCAAGUGGGGCCGAAUGGAGAGAUGAUUUUAAUGAAUGAAGACGGCUGCCCCGACUCGGUUAAUAGUAACAGUAAGAGUCCCCUGCUUCAUUCUGCUAGCAGUCCCGGCGAUUCCAAUUCAAACAGCUCACCAAAUCACUGUAUGGCCAAUUCUAUUUCUCAUAGCAUGGCAAAUUCAGUGUCCAUUCCUCAGGGGUAUUUUUCUCAAGCCUAUAACCUCCACCACCAUCAUCAUCAGUCUCAACACUCACCACCCCCACAGACUCAUUCCAUGAAUCUAUCUCCGCAUCAUCACUGAUGGUGGUAAGGUACCUCUUUUUAAUUUAAAAAACUGUUUAAAGGGGACCGUAAAGAAUGAAGUAAACUAAACAUUUUUAUGUCAAGUAUUACCGUGAACUGUGUAUUUUGUGCUCGGGACACCAAUAUAAUAAUGUGCAUGGAGCUGUGUUAAUAUAUAAAUAUAUAUAUAAAUAUACAGAAACUUCUAUAUACAGCUAAUUAUUAAAGACAUUUAAACCCCCGUGGGAGUUUUAUGCUGGUCAAGAAGGGCAUUCCCUGCGUAACAAACAGUUAAGAAAAAUUGUAAACAAUUUUUACCGCCAAAGACAAAACGAAAGAUCCAACAACAGUAAGUUUAAUAUUGAUUUCACUUUUUGUUGUUGAACAUUUUUAUUAUUUAAUUACAAACAAUGGUACUCUUUGGCAGUAUAAAUUUAGAGAUUGUGAAUGUGAGCGAAACGAAACUGUUUAUUAUUAUUAUUUAACACCAAUCAGUGCUUUUUUUUUUGGAAACUAUUUGAAGUGACAUCUAAUAUUAUUGUAAUAGGGUUUAAUACCCGUGUGUUAAUAUUAUUGUGAAAUUGAAGAGGUUUGAGUUAUGAGAGUGUAUUUCGUGUGGAUAACUUUGGUAGGUAUUCGUGCUUUUAAUCUUGCCGAACAAUUUAUUUAAAAUCACACCAAAAACAGUAUAGUAUACCCGAUAGACGUUAUUAUUAUUCAACCGCGAUCAGUCAAAUGUGAUUUUAUUAUAUAUGUGGUUGAUUUUGGACAAUAACCUCUAAUAUUUAACUAUAUUCUGUUACUGUAUGUACAUACAUGUAUAUGACCACACAGAGUUUGUCGGUUGUAUCUAAAAAUAGAAUCCGAUUAAAGCAACAAGACGAAUAUUGCUAAAAGAAAGAAUUUGCAUUUUUUGUGGGUGUAAUAUAGUAAAAAGACUAUAUUAAUUAUUAUUAAUUAUUAUUAUUGUUCUUUAUGUGAUUAAUGUUAAAACAAUGAGCGAUUAAAUCGCUUCCUUCGGUCUUUUAUUGUAAUUUAUGUAAAAUGGUAGCAUAAUUUAAUUCUUGUAAAUUGUUCGAUUUUUUCCAUUAUUUUUUCUCGAUUUCUUUAUUCGUUGUUUCACAUUCCAGAUUUUGGAUAAUAUACAAUUCUGCAUAAUUAUUUAUUUACCUUCAAAUUUUAUUUUCUAAAUGCAGCUUAAAUGUUUUACUUUCAUUUUUAUAUCUAAAAAUACUCAUUAGAAGAAAAAUCAUUCCUUACUGGCAUAAUAUAAAGAUGUAUAAUCAUAAAUAAUAAUUAUGGAUUUACACGCGCUUUAAUUACUGUCUUUGAUAUAAUUUAAUGAACAAAACGUUAUAAAAAGAAAGAUUCAUAAUUUUUAUUGAUCAUAUUUACAUGAAAUCAUUUUAAAGAAAAGUCUUUUUACUGUUAUAAAAAAUAAAUUGUUCAUAAAUACUAUAUACACUUGGUAUUUUGUACUGUAUUGGUGCGGUAUUUUAUUUAUCCCCGUCUUGCGGUAGUGAUAAAAGCUAUUCAGUCUUUCAUUUAAUAUAAUAAAAACCAAUAGAGUAAUGUGCACUUAAUUAACAAAUAAUUCAAUAAUCGCCUAGUUUGGUAUUUUAAUUAAAAUCUAGUUUACGCUCAGGUGAUAUAUAAUUUGAUAUAUUUAUUUGUUAGCUUUCAGUUCUUUGGGUAUGAUUUUACAGAACAAUAAUAUUAUGUUUGUAUUUGUUUCUAAAAGAGUUAUGAAUUAUAAAAAAAAUUCUGUGAAAAAAUUAAUCAAUUGGUUUGUUAUAUUUAUCAACAAAGGUCAUUAAUUACAAAAAUAAACACCUCAACAAUUAAUUGUAAUCGAUAAUUUUUAAUUUCGGCCAAAACUGAUGGAAAAUUCUCUGUUGUCUUCUUAGCAUACUGGUUCUUACAUACUGUGUCCCAUUUUUAAUUAAAAUUUUAAUAUGAUUUGUAAUUUUGUUCCAAUUUAAAAAUAAAGAAGAAAAAAGACCGGUUUCUUGAUAAACAUGUAGAAUUAUCCAAAUUACAUAUAGUGCAGUUUAUUACAAAAAUACAUAUAUUAUAUUUCAUGGUACAUACUGAAUAGCUUAUAUCAUUACUUAUAUCUACUGUUUUAAAAGAGAUUAUAAUUUAUCGGUGAUAUUAAGAAAACGCAGCUUUGCCUACGCAUAUCCCCUUUCCUUAAAGGAGUGUUUCAAUAUUAGACAUAUUUUAAACUUCUCAUAUAAAAUCA